AUGAACAAAAACAAUCUGACAAACAACAGAACAAAUAAACAGUGCAGCAGUGGUAUUGACAAAGGACAUGAAUCAGAACCAAUUGACUAUAUGGGUUAUGCACUUAUGGCAUGCCUUUGUUGUUUCUGGCCGUUAGGAUUGAUUGCUAUACGUUACGCAAACAUUGCAAAUGAUGCGAAGGCAAGGGGAGAUUUCGAAGAAGCCAGAAAGCAAAAUAGUAAUGCACGAUCCAUGAUUAUUGCCUCAGUUUUUUUCGGAUUAAUUACAAUUGCUGCUGUCGUCGUCAUACGUGCUUAUAUAAGGCAAAAACAAUAAUUGGGUCAACAAAUCAUUCUGAUAUCAACUUUACUAAAACAAUCUACGUAGUAGUAUUAUAUUCUAACAAUUGCUUUAAUUCGUAUUUCUAUUCUGAAACAGUGUCAAACAGUCAGACGAAUGAUGCGGUUGGUGAAAUUACAAAGACU